GCUGUCUGCACGAUCGCUCCGCUUGCUGGUCGAUAGAGCUCCUCCUCCUGCAUCUUCAGCGGCGAAGAGAGGCAGAAGAUCAAGCCGGAGAUUACCAUCCCGUCGAACGGCGUGCUGAAGCUGCACCUUUCGAGGACAAGAGCGAUGGCGCGCAGUUUGUUUCCGGCGAUGGUGGUCACGGCGGCUUUGUCCGUCGUGACGAUCCUGAGUGCUGUGACGCCUGCCUUCGCAGGCGCGCCGGAGCUCACCAUUAGCUCGAUCAUUUUCGCCGGCAGCGGCUGCAGCUACAGCGACUCAACCAUCGCGCUCUCUCCCGACUACUCCUCCAUCACAUUGGUCUUCGACAAUAUGAUUGCCACCACUGAUGCGGGCUCGAAGGGUCUGAGAAAGUUCUGCCAGCUUUCCUUGUCGCUGGAUUAUCCACGUGGUUGGAGUGUCACGCUGGGCUCGGUCACCGGCAGCGGGUUCCUCGACAUCGCCAAGGGCUCCAAGGGCGUGUACGAGACGCAGUUCUACUUCUCCGGCCAACCUGGUACGCCCACGAUAACGCGCACAUUCCCCGGCCCUCAGACCGGGAACUUCAAGAUCACCGACAGUUUCCUUACGCUUGUCUACAGCAAGUGCAACGUGACGCCUAACCUCAACAUCAAGCUUGUGGUCAGCGUGGAGGGCAGCAAGGCCGUGGUUGGGCUCAAUUCGUCGGACUUAAAGUUCAGCCUCAUUUUCGGUCUCCUAUGGAAGAACUGCUAAGUUACAGUCGGAAGGCAGCAUCUCGUGCACCGAGCGGGUGGGAGCGGCGGCAGUCGUUAUGAUCAAGCAGGAGCGAUGGACGGAGUGGAGGGAAAGAGGAUGAGUGGAGCUGGCGACCUGGUCACAUUCAUGCUAAUAGCUGUAGAGGAUGGCGGUGCACAGAGUGUGUGGUUGCAGCCAGAAUGGCUGGGUUCUGAGUAAGUAUGAGGUGAGAAGGGGUCAAAAUGUUAAAGCCAUCCACUCCGCGAG